AAAUAUCUUUUCACAACAUGUCAAGAUAUCAAUAUUAAGAAUUAGUAGCUUUUUUAUACUUACUGCUUCAAGUGGCAUCAAUAUCACGAAGUUUGAAAGCAGAAGAAUGUUCAUAAUGAAUUACUGGAAAUUCUAGCAUCAUACAUAUUUUCCUGAUAAUGAGUAGUAAUCAUUUUGUUAAAUUUUGAUUACAACUAUUUAUUUUAUUGUUCGCGUAUUUAUUAAAACCUGUUCAAGAUGAAGCUGGGUGCGUAUGACGUCACGAACACACCUCUGGUGGAGCUAAACCUUACGUGUGAGCAGUUCAUAGGCAUCCCGCACACUAUGAACGUCUACUGCCUGGCUGCCGUCGAGCCUCCUGUUGGGCCUGCGCAGUUACUCGUCGCCGCAACCAAGAAGCUCUUCCUGCUGAAGUGCAACGAUGCAGGCGAGCUGGUGAAGCAGCAGGUGGACGUACCGUGUCUGGACGCCUCGUGUGAUGUGGUGUCGCUGGCUGCGUAUAUCGACCACUUCACAGGCGAGCUUCACUACGCCUUCACCACCGCCUUCAAGGCGCAGGCUGAGGGCGACGAGGUCUUCAGCCUCCAUGUGCACCAAGAGCGGCAAGCCUGUCAGGAGGUCCUGCUGCCUACACGCCCCUACCAGCUACUGGCCGCCACUGUGCCGUGUACUGGCGGCCACCAGGUGGUGUGGGUGGUGACGGGGGCGCAGGUGGUGGUGGUGGGGCUGCCUGUAGGAGGCGACGACGAUGGCCCAGGCGACGGUCAGGACGGCUCUCUGAACAAUAAUGCCCUGGGGCUCUCAGCAGACGACUGCGUCAGGGACGAUCGCGAUCACAUCCACACCGACGAUGACGACGAUGAAGAGGAGGACGACGAGGACGAAGAGGAAGAUGAGGAUGGCGACGAAGAAGAGGAAGAGUAUGAAGACGACGAGGGUAGCCGACGUUAUGGCAGUGACGUGCCUGGUCCCGAGAAGCCCUUGAGGAAACGAUUCGUCAUGAGUCCCUGCAAACAUGUUCCUCUGGAGACCGGUUCAGGGGAGCGGUCUGGCAAGACGAAGACCUUGUUUGGGGACGAGGUUACUGGGGCAGGUCGUCUGUCCCCCGAUGAGAGGGAAGGACGUUACUGCCUGUUGAACCCCAGCCUCUUCUUCCCCGAGCUGCUCCUCCUGAACUACAGGGUGCUGCGUCUGCACUGCCGCACGGCACUCAACGGCUGCAGGCUGUUCGACUGGGGACUUGAGAGCUCAAGCAAGUUCUAA